GAUCUGACCGGGAUUGGACGCCGGCCUGGGCGAGGUCGCCCUGCGGGAGCUCAGGUCCCAGCCUUCCCGGCCCGCGCCGCGCCCCUGAGGUCUCCCGGCCGAGCCCCCGCGAGGGGCCUGACGGCGUGGACAGGGCUGGGAGCAGGAGGAAGGGUCCCAGGACGACCCUGACGAUGGUGACGCCUGGAUGCGGACUCCUGGCUCCGCCUGUCCGAAACCACCUCGGGGUCGCACUUUAGAGUCACCACCACCGGCGACACCAGGCUCCACCCGGACCCUUCCCGGACGUGGGUUCGGAGCCUUGACCCCACCCCCGGGCCCCCAUUGGCCCGACCGGGCGGGGGCGAGGCCGGGGUGGUGCGGGCGACAGGGUCUGGCUGAGGCCGGUGCAGGUCCGCGCCGCCGGAUCGCCCCGAGCUCUCGCGCCGCAGCAGCCCGGGGCGGAUUAGCCGACGGUGCGGGUCUCGGGAAUAGCUCCAGUUCCGAGGCGGCGGCGGCGGCCGCGUCCACAGGGCCCCAAGCAGAGACAGGUGCCUCGGGAGUGCCCUGGGGCCCUAGCCGUCGCCGCGGACGACAACUGCCCGGUCCCGCCGGCCGUCGAGCCCAGCCCACCGCUCGCCGUCCGGGCGGUCCCGGGCUCCGGUCCCAGCCGCGGAGCCGAUGCGCGUCCGCUGAGCGCCCAGCCCGGCCCGCCAUGGCCGCGCGCCCCGGGCCGCUCUGGCUCCUGGGCCUGGCUCUGUGCGCGCUGGGCGGCGGCCCCGGCCCGCGCCCCCCGCCCGGCUGUCCCCAGCGUCGCCUGGGAGCGCGCGAGCGCCGCGACAUGCAGCGCGAGAUCCUGGCGGUGCUCGGGCUGCCCGGGCGGCCCCGGCCCCGCGCGCCACCCGCCGCCUCCCGCCUGCCCGCGUCCGCGCCGCUCUUCAUGCUGGACCUGUACCGCGCCAUGGCCGGCGACGACGACGACGACGACGCCGGGGCCCCUGAGCGGCGCCUGGGCCGCGCAGACCUGGUCAUGAGCUUCGUCAACAUGGUGGAGCGCGACCACGCCCUGGGCCGCCAGGAGCCCCACUGGAAGGAGUUUCUCUUCGACCUGACUCAGAUCCCAGCGGGGGAGGCGGUGACAGCUGCCGAGUUCCGGAUCUACAAGGAGCCCAGCACGCAGCUGGUCAACAGGACCCUGCACGUCAGCACGUUCCAGGUGGUCCAGGAGCACUCCAACAGGGAGUCUGACUUGUUCUUUUUGGAUCUUCAGACGCUCCAGGCUGGGGACGAGGGCUGGCUGGUGCUGGACGUCACGGCAGCCAGUGACCGCUGGCUGUUGAGCCGUCACAAGGACCUGGGACUCCGCCUCUAUGUGGAGACGGAGGACGGGCUCAGCGUGGAUCCCGGCCGGGCCGGGCUGCUGGGGCAGCGGGCACCGCGCUCCCGCCGGCCAUUCAUGGUCACUUUCUUCAGGGCCAGCCCGAGCCCUGGACGCGCCCCUCGGGCCCUGAGGCCGCUGAAGAGGAGGCAGCCGAAGAGAACCAACGAGCUGCCGCAGCCCAACAAGCUGCCGGGGAUCUUCGAUGCUGUCCACGGCUCCAACGGCCGGCAGGUGUGCCGUCGGCACGAGCUCUACGUCAGCUUCCGGGACCUCGGCUGGCUGGACUGGGUCAUCGCCCCCCAAGGCUACUCGGCCUAUUACUGUGAGGGCGAGUGCUCCUUCCCCCUGGACUCCUGCAUGAACGCCACCAACCACGCCAUCCUGCAGUCCCUGGUGCACCUGAUGAAGCCAGACGCGGUCCCCAAGGCGUGCUGCGCGCCCACCAAGCUGAGCGCCACCUCCGUGCUCUACUACGACAGCAGCAACAACGUGAUCCUGCGCAAGCACCGCAACAUGGUGGUCAAGGCCUGCGGCUGCCACUGAGCCCGGCCGCCACCGGCUGCGGCCAGCCCUCCCCAUCUGGCUGAGAAGAGUGAAGCAGCAGAAACCUGGCCACAGUGUGGUAUCUUCAUGGAUCUGAAUCCAAAGCACUGACCACAGAUGAACAGGUGGGGCCAACUCAGGAAAAACUGAACGAACAUGGGUUAGCCCGAGAGCCGAGAGUCCUGUCUCCCCGGGCUUCCUGCCUGUGCCGCUGCUGCCACCUGGGGACGACGUUGCUACUUUGCUUUGGAGAAACAGAAGCAUCUUGGAGGUUUCCAACUGAUCCGUGUCUCUGCCAACACACAGGUCCGUGGGAGCUCAGCUCCAUUCUUUCUGCUGAGCAAACGCGGUGGCAUCGGGUGGCCUGCGAUGACAUUGCACUGCACGGUGCCUGCAUCUCGUUUCCCUCCUGCAGGCAGAUAGCAAUCAUUGGUCCUGGUAUUUUUUUCUUCCAAAUCUGGGCUGCAUUUGUGAAUGGUCAGCAGAGGACUUCAGGCAGCCGCUGUCAACCUAUCAGCAUGGGAAGUGAAAACUGCGCCAUCCUCUGCCACUUUGUGAAGCGUCUGCAACUCUGGCAGGCUGUGGGCAGGCCUCGGGGCUUGUUAGCACCUGUAUGUGCCCACAAGUUGCCAAAAACAGGCUGGUCACCCAAGGUUGUGUCACUCUGGGUGCAGAAGAGCCCUGUCUGGUUUCUCAGACCUGAGUCAAAGAGAAGGCCCCUGUCCCCGGGAGUGACAGGCGGCAAUUAGGCUGAGUUGGGUGGGGACCCUCGUCUCAGCCUGCACCGUUCCGGAAACCGCUGUUCUCCCCGGAGCAGCGCUGGGAGUCCCAGUGUUUAUUUGAUUUCUACUUGCUAAGCCUGUAAUUUACCUGCUGGGACAGACAGAGUCCAGCUGUCUGAACCCUGUCAUUAAAAGCGGAUCCUGGGUCCACCCCGACCACAGGCACGCCCAGCAGAGGUGGCACCGCCGUGCUCCCAAGGAUGCAUCUCGGGCUCACCCUCCACACCCCUGAGGAUGGGCUGAGCAGGGGUGGGGGCUGGGGCUGUGCUGUGAGACAGCUGCCCUGCACCUGCCCCUGGGAGGGCCUCUGUGUGCAUGCCCAUGCCUGGAGCUGGUCAGUUCCCUAACAAAGUAGGGCACCAAUUCUGGCAUGGAGGGAAGAUGUGACUCGUAGGGAACAUCCUUACCUGGGCCUCUGUUUUCCAUCUGUAAUCCAAGGGAAUCACAGUUUGAUGCAGCCUCACGGCCCUGAGUAUGGAGCCCAGGUGGCUGUGAUGAAUGGAAGCCAUCACAGAACACAGGAGCUGUUUGCAGUCAGAGUUCAUCUGACAAACCUCUCUUCUCAACAGAUACAGCACUGCCUUUUAGACAGCUGCAAGUUUUAAAAGAACCAAUUAUUUUGACAAUGACAUUUUCACUUCUCCUGGUUAUCUUCAGUGCCCAGCCAUGGUUACGGGGUGCACCAGGAACAUCUGUCAGAUUACCCAAAGGUUUGUAGGCCUGGAGUCCACUUACCCAUCCAUCAAGCUGUGCCUAACAGGAACCAAUCAGUUACAGGCUUCCUUUUUCAUGUAGAACUACUGAAAAGCAGUAAGGCCUCACCUGCCUGCUAGGCUGUCAGACUUCAAGCAAUUUCUGCCAUCCAGAUGGUCACCAAAUGAAAUCAAACAGAAAAAGCCCUAGAGCCAUGCCUGGAUACAAAAGCCAUGAUUUCCUCCCAUGAGUUACCUAUUAUGCAGCAUGGCAGGUGCAGCGGGCGGCCAGGCUGGCAGCAUGGACACCGGUGUUUCCCUUUUGCUUGCUCAGGGCUGUGCCAGACUAGAAAGAAGGUUCAGUCAGAGCGGUCAGAUCUGAUCCACUGACACUGAUGAGAAAUCGGUGAGGACACUGACAGAAACAGGCUCAGAAGUGCCCACAGUGGGAGGCCUUGCACUGCCAUACUGGCCUGGAAGCCAUGUCAUCAGGUUUUUUUAUUCUGUUUUCUCUUUGACAGGCAGAGUGGACAGUGAGAGAGAGAAAGGUCUUCCUUUUUCCAUUGGUUCACCCCCCAAUGGCCGCUGUGGCCGGUGCACCGUGCUGAUCCGAAGCCAGGAGCCAGGUGCCUCUCCUGGUCUCCCAUGCGGGUGCAGGGCCCAAGCACUUGGGCCAUCCUCCACUGCACUUCCGGGCCAUAGCAGAGAGCUGGCCUGGAAGAGGGGCAACCGGGACAGAAUCCGGCGCCCCAACCGGGACUAGAACCUGGGGUGCCAGUGCCACAGGCAGAGGAUUAGCCUAGUGAGCUGCGGCGCCAGCCAGGUUAUCUGUCUUCUAAGACAGGGAAGUAAGACGUUCUAGAAAAAUUCCUAAGAAACAAGAAAAGAGGCGGCAUAGCCAGAGUCCAGAUUUUAAAAAGAUUUAACUCCAAGAAUGGUUUUGCCUUUUUCUCUGUAGAGCAGGGUACUUGUUCUCUCCUCUCUGCGCUAUGUUAAAGAUUGGUUGCACACAAACAUUUGGGAUGUGGGAUGUACAAAGGCUUAACAAGUGGUAUCUGUUAGUGAUCUCACAAAUGAAUUCGCUCCCUUGGAGCGUCCAUUGAAACAAGUGUUCUGCAAAUGGUGCUGUAUUUCAGAGUUGUGGUAAGGAAAAAAAAAGACUCAAUACCUGGUGGUAUUCCUGGGAGAGCAGGACUCAGAUUCUCAACACCUUUAGAGGCCUGGUCAGCGUCUGGUGAGGCCGGCAGUGGCCCAGAUGAAACCCCUCCUGUGUCUGAGACACCAGGACCCCACAUCCCACAUCCCACUCCACUGGGGGCCUCCCCGGCAGUCUGAAUGGGGGCAUCUACUACUUACGGGGCAUUCUACUACUUAGGAGAAAGCCUUACACUAGCACUUGAUCCACUUUCUAAAACGUUUUCCAUUUUUUCCUCCAAGCUGCAUUAAUUAAAAAAAUAAAACAUAAUUCAAAUCACCACAGCUUUGACUCAGAUAAGCACGUAAGUACCUUGGUGGCUUCAUUUCUAGGCUUUGUUCUUAAAAUAAAUGUUUAGAUACUAUAGAAAUUUUUGCAAAAUUGGGAUCACACUGUAAAUUCCUUUGUGAUGUGCUUUCCCUCCUUUAUAAUGAAAAUCUGUUAAUAAAUACUGUUUGAAAACA